AUGUUGACCAACUUCAGGACUCUCUACGCAGCGCUCGCGCUCGCGUUCGCGCUGGGUGGCACCGUCCAGGCGCUCGCGCCUGGCUUCAAGCCCUCCUUGCCCUUCUCGCUCCCACCGAUUCCAUCGAACCUCCCUUCGUCGCCUACCGGCAGCACUCCUGCCUUUCCCGGUGGCCUACCGGUGCUGCCUUCUCCAGCACAAUGGGCCGACGCUCGUUUGAACGACUAUCGCCCGUCCAAGGCGCGUCUUGCCUACCGCGGCGACCAGGGGAUGGCGGUCUCGUGGUCGACACCCAAGCAGCUGCCUCUCCCUGCGGUGCUCUUUGGUAAGACGCCUUCUCUCCUCGAUCGCAUCGCCACGAGCACCACUUCGAUCACCUACAAUACCUCGACGUACUACUCGAACCACGUGAUUCUCGACGGUCUCGAGCCGAACAGCAAGUACUACUACCUCCCCAUCCUCGGUGAUCCCGUCAAAGAUGUGCGUUCGUUCACCACGGCCUACACACCCGGUGACACCACACCGUACACCAUUGCCGUCGUCGCCGAUCUAGGGACGAUGGGAUCGCUCGGUCUGUCGGAUCACGUCCCCCCCGGCGCCGCCAACCCGCUCACCACCGGCGAGAUCACCACCAUCCAGCGCCUUACCAUGACCCAAACCACCUACGACCACAUCAUGCACGUUGGCGACAUCGCCUACGCUGACUACUGGCUCAAAGAAGUGGUUCUUGGCUACAUCAACGGGUCCAUCGCCGCAGGUCCGCAGCUGUACGAGCAGAUCAACGAGGAGUUCUACGACGAGAUGGAACCUCUCACCUCCUCCCUCCCCUAUCAUGUUCUGCCCGGAAAUCACGAUAGCAACUGCGACAAUUCCGGGUACAAGAACUAUACCGAGUCCAUCUGCCCUCCCGCCCUGACCCACUUUACAGGGUACAACCAGCACUGGAACAUGCCGAGCGAUCUCAGUGGGGGGUUCAAGAACAUGUUUCACAGCUACGAUGUGGGGAUGGUGCACUAUGUGGUGUAUGAUACGGAGACGGAUCUGGGUGGUGGUCUUGUUGGGCCUGAGGAUGCUGGUGGGUCGAGUGGUGCCAAUGAUGGUCCUUUGACGAGUGGCUCUGCGCAGAUGGAUUUCUUGCGAAAAGACCUGGCCAGUGUGGAUCGAACAAAGACGCCUUGGGUCAUCGCCGCCGGUCACCGACCAUGGUACAUGGCAGCAAAGAGCUCCAGCUUGUGCACCGUGUGCCAGACGGCCUUCGAGCAACUGUUCAACGAUCACGGUGUGGAUCUCGUGCUCAACGGUCACCAGCACAAUAUGCAGCGUCAAACACCCCUCCUCCCCGGUGGGGUCAUCGAUCCGAAUGGUCUGAACAACCCCAAGGGACCAAUGUAUAUCUUGACGGGCGCCGCCGGCCACUUUGAUGGUCUUGACGCUGCCAAGACGCCCUUCCCGGCCUACACCCAGUUCGUCAACGAUACCCUCUAUGGGUUUAGCAGGCUCACCUUCCACAACCGCACACACCUGACGCACGAAUUUGUAAGCUCAAAGACGGGUAGCGUGCUGGACAGCGCUACGCUGUACAAGCAGCACUAG